UCUAUUCUCUGAUUGAAUCGGAUCAAAAACCCCCUAGAAUCUUCAAAUGUCUGCGGCGGCGAAAUUCAGUGAGAAGGGCCAAUCAUUGGCCCUAACAUCACAAUCUUCCACCUCUUCUUCUUCGACAGAGAUGACAAAAACCGUCUGCUUUCGUGCAAUUUGUAAAUCUCAUCAAUCGUACUGGUUUGCGGUUAAUAUUUCCUUCGAAGCCGAAGAAGAGUUGGAGAGCAAAAGAAAGGGAAGAGACCCAGAUGAAGAAGACUUGAUGGCCCGCUUCUGUGGACGUCGUCAUCACCACUUCGAUGGCGUGACUUAUGGUAAGUUCCCAACCCUUGAACAUGAUAUCCAACCUUACUCUACUGCUAAAUUGUCACACCGGUCAUCCUGGGCACUUUUGGGCUCUAAAUUAUAUUGUGUUGGUGGUUCUUUGCACGAACUUAAUAAGUCUAAGAAAAAGAAAUCUGAUUAUUCUCGUUUAGUACGAGUUUUUGAUUUCAAUUUCCCACACAAUGGCUGGAAUAAGAACCUUUCACUGAUGAUCAGUCGCAGAGAGAUGCCUGGUUUGGCGGUCUUAGAUGGAAAACUCUAUGUUUUUGGCGGUACAGGGUGGUGUAAUAAGAAGUCACCGUGGGCUGAGGUUUAUGAUCCCAGUGUAGACAAAUGGGAAGCCUUGCCUCAACCUCCCCCUUAUAUUAUAGAUACUAUAGAAGACACACCAAGUUUUGUUGUGGCUCUCCAUAAUUUAAAAAAGAUUGUUCUUGAUGAAUAUCUGUUCGAUGUGAUUACUAGUUCCUGGGAGAUUUUGAAGGAGGAUUGUCGUGAUUGUUGUGAUAGAGCUGUUAACCAACAACCCGUGGCAGUACAAGAUACCAUAUAUUGGUGGUCAGAUAGAUACGGGUCAGAUGGAUAUGAAUCACUCGGAGGAUGCCCAUAUAUAUAUGCCUACGAUUUUAGUGAGAUGAAGCUGUUUCAAGGGCCUCUAAAAGGUUUAGAGCAUGAUACUGUGAUCUCGGAUUCCCGGUCCAAUCUUUUACACAUGGGGGGUGAAUGUUUUUGUCUGCUUUGGUGUCACGGCCUUACCAAAACGCAAUACCAUUGCACCCAACUUCAAGUCUCCAAACAAGGCCAAGGAGUUUUGAAUGCACGUGUACUCUCAUGCCAAUCUUUUCUCGCUCCUGGAAAGACUUCUCUUUUUCAAGCACAAAUGCUGGGUAUUUCUUUGCAUGAGGAUAACCGACAGGAUGAGGCAAGUGCAUCCCUAGAAGUAGUCAGCAACAAUGGUAGAAAAUUGCAGGAUGUGACGAACCAUCAGGCUAUACUAGUCUAAGCUAACAUAAAACUUAUGUAGAAGGAGUAUUUCUUUGCAUGGGGAUAACCGACAGGAUGAGGCAAGUGCCCCCUAGAAGUAGUCAGCGACAAUGGUAGAAAAUUGCAGGAUGUGACGAACAAUCAGGCUAUACUAGUCUAAGUUAACAUAAAACUUAUGUAGAAGGGGAGGAUGAUUAUUUUUUGUUUUUGAACUUACAUGAAGAACAUAAUAUUGAUUACUUUGGAUAGUCUUUGAAAUAUGCUUCUUUUCUAGAUGUAGAGUGCAAAUUUUUUGUCUCACAGUACAGUUUGAGGUUGACCAUAUUAUGACACCUAGCAAAAACUGGGUCAUGUCUAUAUUUUAUUACUGGUGCAAUCGUCUAAAAACCCUAAAUAUGCAUGCGUUAUUGUGCAUGGAAAAGAGUGGACCCUAUAACAAAGGGCGGAAAUGCUAGCAAUUGAUUGUCAUCACAAGAAUGUGAAAUGGUAGCAAAUAUUGGUAAUUUCUAUAGUAGCCUGUGAAAUAAAAAGCAGCUUUAUAUUUAAGAAAAGAGUAAACCUUCAGUCCGGAGGUGGUGUAAAUGGGCUUAUUUAUGCCACCAAUAAAUGAAUGCCACGUCAGAUUUGUAUUGAAAAACAAAUACACUCUAGCUCACACAAUUAUAUCUCAAUUAAACUCAAAAUCCUCAAACACGUACACACGAUUCAGACCUAAAGAAUAGCUCCUCCAACGCCUAAACCCAUUACAUCUCCUCCUCUCCUUUGAGCAUCGGAGCUCCACCGUGCCGCUGGCGCCGCCGCACAUGUCGUCUGUGAAGCUGACGCUGCCGCAUCGGACCUAAGGUGGUUGUAUUUCAGGAGAACAGUGGCAAAUUCAAAGGAAUAGGUGUGUGGAAGCUUCCUACUGGGUUUGUUAAUGAAGGUGAGGACCUUUGUACAUCUGUAAUUAGGGAAGUGAAAGAAGAGACAGGAGUUGAGACAGAAUUUGUUGAGGUUUUAGCAUUCAGGUGCCCACUACUGAAAGUCCAGGCUAAACCAGGAAGCCCCUAAGAAAAGGAAUGGUGACAAAGAUGAUAACUGGGAUGACUAUGAAGUAGAUCUUCCAUACUGUAAACAUUAGAAGAAGAAGAAGAGGAAGAAGAAGAAGAAGAAAUACAAAAAAAGAAAGGGGGGGGGGGGUGUGAGAAGCUGUAUCAAACACAUUUUGGAAUGCCACAUCUGUGAGGUUUUCACUGUCUUGUUUUACAGGAAAGUGUUUUUUCACAUGCUGUAUAUACUAACUUGAACCUACUGAUAUUAAGCCUUUUUUCUUUUCUUUCUUUUUAA